AUGUCGGCCUCGCCUUCCACGCUGCCGUCGACCAAGCGUCCUCUCGAGGACCCGUCCUCCCCGUCCGGUCCCAACGAUCAGCCUGAAGCCAAGCGCCCGGCCUUGGACAAAGUAGUCAGAAACGAUGACCACAGCAAGAGAUCGGAGGAGGCUGCUGCUGGGGCAAAGGCCGACGGUGCUUCUGCACAGUCUACUAGUACCGCGACAAAUGGCGCUCAGGAUACACAAGGAGAUACUGUAGUUACGGAUGCUCCCAAUGGCAAGGACGGGGCGGCAGCUUCGGUCGAGACUCAGCCCAUCCAGUCCACCGCGUCCCAUGCUGACCGUGCUACCUCACAGCCCCCGCAGCAGCAGGCUCACCAGGACGAGAGCUCGUGGAUCCAUAUCCGUGCGGUGAUUUCCAGCCAGGAAGCAGCCACUUGCAUUGGCAAAGGUGGGGAAAAUGUGUCCCAGAUCCGCCGUCUCUCGGGUGCCAAAUGCACUGUGAGCGACUACUCUCGCGGUGCUGUAGAGAGAAUCUUGACCGUCAGCGGCCCCCAGGACGCUGUUGCCAAGGCCUUUGGUUUGAUUAUUCGUACUCUCAACAAUGAGCCCCUUGACGCUCCAUCCACAGCGCAGUCCAAGACAUACCCUCUCCGUCUCCUGAUCCCCCAUAUCCUCAUCGGUUCGAUCAUUGGCAAGGGCGGUUCCCGCAUUCGGGAGAUCCAGGAAGCCUCUGGCGCGCGUUUGAAUGCGUCGGACACGUGUCUUCCUUUGUCUACGGAGCGGUCCCUGGUCAUCCUGGGCGUGGCCGAUGCCGUCCACAUUGCGACAUACUACGUUGCCGCCACUCUCGUCGAGCAGCUGACCGAGCGAUUUGGCGGGCCGGCUGCCUCUGCAUACGCGACUCGAAGCGGCGGUCCUGCCAGUGUUGUGCCUGGUGGGAUGCAGGUGGUACCUUAUGUUCCCCAGCCGGCUGGAGGGCAGUACGGACACCCGGACACCUGGAAGCGACACCACGCCCAGCAGAACCGGGCCGUGCCGGGCCCGUAUGGCGUCCCUUAUCUUCACGGCCAGGCUGCCCCGGCGCCAGUUACGCAGCCACCGAUUCACUAUGCAGCCUCGCCUCGCGGCCCGUACGUGGGAGCUGGUCCUCAUCAGCCUACGCCUUACGGCGCUCCUCAGCCCCAGCCUCAUGCCGCUGCAGGCCAGCCGCUCCCUGGAGUGGUUCCUGGGCAGCCCAUCACGCAGCAGAUCUACAUCCCCAAUGACAUGGUGGGCGCCAUCAUUGGUAAGGGUGGCGCCAAGAUUAAUGAGAUUCGACACCUCAGUGGCAGUGUGAUCAAGAUCAACGAGCCUCAAGACAACAGCAAUGAGCGUCUGGUGACCAUCACGGGGACGCAGGAAUGCAACCAGAUGGCCCUUUACAUGCUGUAUUCGAGACUGGGUAAUAAAUAA